AUGGAAAAAGAAAAAUUGGAUAGUAAGAUAAUAGUAUAGUAUUGUAACACUGCAAUGGAUUCCUCAGUGGAAAAUAACAUGUAUGUAAACAAAGUGUGGGUUCAAUGUGAGAAUGAAAGUUGUUUGAAAUGGAGAUUGUUGUCAAGUGAGGAUGCAACCAAAGUUGAUCACAAUGAGCCGUGGUACUGCUUCAUGAACUCUGAUUCAAGAUAUAAUGAGUGCUCUAUUUCUGAAGAAGACUUUCCUGAAGAGUCUCAGCUUCAUCAAAGUGGCUUUAAGAUUGUCUAUUCACAGCUCCCUCUUGGAAGCCUGGUUUUGGUAAAAUUACAGAAUUGGCCAAGUUGGCCAGGGAUACUUUGCCCUGAUCCUUUUAAAGGGAAAUACGUGACCUAUGACCUGGAUGGAAAUGUUGAACAGUAUCACAUAGAAUUCCUGGGUGAUCCCCAUUCAAGAUCAUGGAUAGAUGCGACAUUUGUUGGACAUUACAGUAUCACAUUAAAGCCAGGAAAAUGUAAGAAGAAAAAGAAGUGGUAUAAAGGUGCACUACAAGAAGCAUACGUCCUCUAUGGAUAUUCACAUGAGCAAAGACUGGAAAUGUGCUGCCUGUCAAAACAGGAUAAAUCCAAAGCAGAUGUCAAAGUUUCUGUGUUGGCCAAGAAAAGGAUGCAAGUUUCCAAAAAUAAAACUGAAAAGAAAAAGCCAAAAUUUAAAAAAAGGAAAAGGAAAGCUAUUUUAAAAUGCUCUUUUGAAAAUGUUUGUUCAGAUGAUGCCUUAUCAAAGGAGAACCUGGUUGUCUCCGAGACAGAAGUUUUACUAAAAGAGCUGGAGCAAAUGCUACAGCAAGCGCUCGAGCCCACAGCAACACCUGAUGAGUCUGAAGAGGAACAUGGCAAGGAAAUAAAUACAGGAGAAAAGUCAUCUAAAUGCAGCUCUGAAGCUCCUGCAGGCAGUCCAUUUGAAAACCAGUAUGAAGAGGACUAUCUUGUAAUUGAUGGGAUAAAAUUAAAAGCUGGAGAAUGUAUUCAAAAUAUAACUAACAAGUUUAAAGAAAUAGAUGCUUUGAUGUCUGAAUUCUAGAGCAUUAUAGAUAUUUUCAAAAGUUAUUUAGAAAAAUAUUUACAUCUUUAUAUUUUCCAAAAAACUCAAAAAUGUUUAGUGAAAUAGGUAUACAUUAUACCAAAGUUGAUCUUUGUAGUAACUUUUUACUGUAUAUUUUGAGAAUAUCCAUUGUUUUGAGAGCCAAUCAAAUGGUAUUUAAGUUAUUGUUAAAAAUUUAAAAUUUAAGAAAUCCUGAUAUUUGUAUUUGUAGAUUUUUUUUUUCUUAUUUGCCUUAAUUUUAAAAUGGUUUAUGAAACUUAUUGCACAAACACAUGCUUUACAAUGGUUAUUUAGGCUCUUUAUUCAAAUGUGGCUAGCUGUUAAAAUGGUUACCAAGGCUGUUAUAAUUGCUAGAGAUAAUUCAAAUCUAAUAUACUUAGAGAAUGUGUAUUUGUAAUGGAAUUGAGCUAUUGUAAAAUAAAAGGAAAUAAUAAAAAAAUGGUUGUAUAAUAGGGU